UGGGGCUGUCCCGGGGGGGGGCGGCAGCGACGUGACAGCCCGCUGCUGCUCCACACACACACACACACACACACACACACACCGACCGGGAAUGAAGGGAAAGUGGGCUCUGGUUUCUGGGUGAGCAGGAGUCGCUUCAGCCGUCGCUGUUGUACCGGGUCAGAAGUGAAGAUGCCUCAGGUACAAGCUGUACCAGAGACCCACGGUCACGUCCUGGCAGAGUUCGACUGCCUCGACCCACUCCUGUCUGCUCUACGCUUGGACUCGGGCCGGCUCAAGUGCACCUCUUUGGCAGUAUCAAGGAAGUGGCUCGCGUUGGGGACAUCGGCUGGGGGUUUGCACCUGAUCCAGAGGGAGGGCUGGAAACAGAGGCUCAUCCUCACCCACAAGGAGGGGUCUAUCACUCAGGUGACAUGUUGCCCUCACGAUGAAGACUUUAUUGCAGUCGCGACAAGUCAGGGUCUGGUGGUGGUGUGGGACCUGCAGCUGGAGCGGCGUGGCCGUCCGGAGAGGGUCAGCGUGUCGUGGGAGCACAGGGGUCAGAACAUCACAGCACUCUGCUGGGAUACCAGCAUGCUCAGAGUGUUCGCCGGGGACUCUGGAGGCAAAGUGUCCUUUCUCAGGGCCGGAUCCUCUAAACUGGGCAAGGGGUCAGCAUUUGUCAUUUUUCCUGUCCAGACCGUCACCACUGUUGACUCUAGAGUGGUUCAGCUUGGGUACCAAGAAGGACGCCUUCUUGUGUCUUCCCUGAGUCGCUGUUACCUCUGCGACACCGAGAGGGAGAGGUUUUGGCGUGUUGGAAAUAAGGAGCGUGAUGGGGAGUAUGGAGCCUGUUUUUUCCCCCAGAACAGGGGGUUAUUAGUGGGUCAGCCCCCUCUGCUGUACUGCGCCCGGCCAGGCUCUCGUCUAUGGGAGGCCAGUUUUAAUGGUGAAGUCCUGAGCACCCAUCAGUUCAAGCAGCUGCUGACAUGCCCUCCUCUACCUCUUGUCACCUACAGGAAAGUUCCGAGUUACAGUCCAGUGCAGAGGAAUCCACAGUCCCUGGCCUUCACUAAACUGCUUUAUUUUGGAGACCAGAACCUGCUGGCCUGGACAGAUUCAGCCAUUUAUGUCUUCACUCCUCAGAAUGGACAAGUGCUCCUGUGGACAGAAGUUAAAGAUUUGGCAGAUAUCGCAGUCCAUCGCAGUGAGCUCUUCUGUCUCCAUGGCAACGGGCGUCUGUCCCACCUGUCGUUAUUGCCUGCAGAGCGCUGUGUUGAGCGUCUGCUGCGUAGAGAGUCCUGGAGCGUAGCGGCCGCCGUCUGCUGUAUGUUCCAGCAUACGAUCACGACCAGCAGGGCCAGGAAGUCCAUAUCCAUCGACCGCCUUGAACACCUGAAGUCUCAACUGGGUUCCAGCACACACCUGGAGCUGAGUGCUCACCUGGACGAGGUCAUCACGAAGCUGGAGCCUCUGGACUCCGCCUGCAGCAGCCGGAGGAGCAGCAUUUCCUCUCACGAGAGCUUCAACGUCCUGGACUGUGGGAUCUAUCGUGUGAUCAGCCGCAGAGGAAGCCAGUCGGAUGAGGAGACGAGUUCGCUCAUCAAUCACUCCAUGUCGGAGGAGGAGCGGCUUAAAGAGUUCGGUUUUGUCCAGGAGGAGGAGCAGCUGGAUCAUGAUCCACAGAGCAGCGAGCCCACGGAGGCCGAUCGCUCUGAGCAAGGCCUGCAGUUCCACCUGCCUCUCUCGUUCCGCCCCAAACCCCCCCGCAUCGCGCUGCAGGCGGUCAAAGACAGCGUGUCCAGUUUUGUGAAGAAGACAACAGAAAAGAUCAACACCCUCCAGAUGAACUCUGAGCUCUGGCAGCGGCCCGAGUUCAAAGAGGGAGGACAGGCUGAGACGUCGGUCAGCAGCGCUCCGUACUCGGAGGAAGUGGAGACUGAAGUUUUUGAUGAAAUAUCUAGCAUGGAGGCUGACAUGCAAGAACUUCGUUCAGCGACAGAUCGAGCUUUUUCGGAGAUGCAGGACCCGUUGGUGCUCCUAGAUCCAGCCUGCCUAGCGGGAGCUCUGCUGGAGUGGCUGCCAGUGUUGGAGCGAGUUCUCGGAGCUUCAGAUCUCAGGUCGGGUGCUGCAAGCGAUUCAAACCUGGACGGGUCAGGAGAGGAGAGAUUGGAGAGGGAUUAUCUAAACACCUGCUCAGAGCAACAAGGAGACCCAACAGAAACUGCUGCAGAAGAGGGGAAAGGAGGAGAGGAUUCCCCCGACUUUGGUGACGGGUCUGAGACCCAGGAGACGUCGGACUUCUCUGAGCAUGUCCCUUCAUGUGGGACCCCUCCCGAGCCGGUCCGAGUGCUGCCUCCUAAACCUCUACCCUCAGAUCUGCUGCCUCGUCUCACUGAGCUGGCCACUCUCUACACUGAGCUGAGCUGCUUCAGGAACCAGGAUGGAGCACCGGCGUGCACUAGUUUCCUGCGCCGCUAUUUCUUCCUGCUGGAUCAAGAGCGCGUGAGACGGAUGUGUCUGCUGUGUUACCAGGAACAGCCGGAGGUUAAGAGCUCCUUCAUGGAAGCCAUGCUGGAGCACACUCUGUCCAGUAAAGUGGUGGAGGUUAUUCAAAGAGGCGAUCUGCUGAAAUCUCUGCGGAGUCUGAGAGAGCAGCAGCCUUGGAGCGCACCCCCGCUCCUCGCCCACCUGCACAGGCUGUAUGAGAAGCACGGAGAGGCCGCUGUACGCUCAUACUCCCAGUUCUACCCCACAAUAACUCCUGCUGAUGUCAUGACGAUGGCCCAACGAAGCCACUUCCUGGCAUACCUGGAUAAUCUAGUGCUAUCAAGAACCGAGGAGCACAGGCUGUCGUUUUUACAGUCGCUUCUUGAGCCAGAAUCGCUGAGACAGGACUGGCUGGAGCUGGCCCUUACCCAUGAUGCUCCUCAACGCUGUGACACGAUGACCCCCGAAGGACAGCCCAGGUGGCAUUCUCACUGUUUCACUUGGGGUUACGGACGUCUUCUGUCCCUGCUGAUCCACCUUCCUGCGGAUCUUUCGUCCAAGCAGAAGAUGGCCGAGACUUGCCGCAGUCAUGGGUUCUGGACGGGGUACCUUUACCUUUGCAGUGAGCUGCAGCGUCGCACGGAAGCUUUCUCCACCAUCUGCCAGCUGGAUGACAUCAGCUUGCUGGAGGAGCCUGAUGGUGUUGAACCGCGGACCUGGGACGAGUGGAAGCUCCUGAUCCGACUGUCUCAGCAGUACAGCGGCGUGGCGGCGCCUCAGCCGGCCGCAGACGUGAACGGGAGCGGUUGGUCCAACGGCUCGACAGAACGUGAAGGAAGAAUCAACCCGGAGAGUCUCACGCUCAUGCUGGCUCGGACGGCCGGGCCCGAUCGAGCCCUGGCGGUGCUGGAGGAAUGCGGGGUGCAGCUGGUUCUUUCGGACCACUCCAAACUGGUGUGCGAGCUCCUGAGAGUCGCCGAGAAGAGGCAGAGGGCGAUGAUCCAAACGAUGCUGGAGCGCUGCGAUCGCUUCCUUUGGUCUCAGCACGCUUGACCCUGGAUCACUGCUCAACUUUCAUAACAAAACAUAACACUUGUGUAAGUCAUCUACUAAUCUUGUUUCAAGCUGUGACUGAAGUGAUGCACUGACCCAUCAGAACCGUGCAGUUUCAUGGUGGAGCGACUUCCUGACAACAGUAUUAACUUUUUUUAAUCAGCUUUUGUUUUGUUGUUGUUUUUGCUUUGUUUUUUACAGUUUAAUUAAGACUAAUCAUUUUCAGGCGCAGACAAUCAAACAUCUCAUGUAUAAUAUCUGUGUAAUUACCGGUGAAAUAACCCAAAUAACCCAAGUUUUCUUGCCUUAACAAAGAAAUUUGGAACGAUCACAGUGUAAAGCUCUUACCGGGAAAU